AUGACAGCAAAUUACGUCUCUGUCAAUUCCACUGAUACAGAUAGCAUGGUCAUGAAAGCUCUUAUGUUUGCGCUCCAAUGUUGCGGUUCCAACGAUAGCGGCGACUUUAAAAACUCUACGAAGUUUGAGCGAAAUCAAGUUUACGAUAACACUAGCUACACACUGAUGUAUCCAGUACCUUGCUGCAAAUUUGAUCAAAGCAACCAGCCAGUGGGCAGUUGUCCUGCUACAUUCGACGCGCACAACAGCAACAUAAGACAAGGUUGUUGGAAAGUUCUGAAGGGCUACAUCGAUCGGUACGGGAUGAUGGCGAUCUAUAUGAGUAUCGGUGUGAUUACUUUGCAGGUACUACUCGAAGUUGCUUCUAUUGUGAUGGUAUGCUCAAAGUGAGGCGACUAAAAUUUAUUCUCAAACAUAUCCGCUGUGACCGAACUAUUUGGAUUGAAUGAAAC